AACCAGAGGUCUCUUUACAGCUCAUAUUCGGUAUUAGAAAUUCCAGACGCUAGAAUAUAUCGCGCCACUGAAAACACAGCGAGUCCCCACCCGCCGCAUUUACGUCGACGAAUAUUUCUAUGAAAUUCCUUCAACUUUUCACCUUCACCAUCAACAUUACAACUACUCCCCUUUGUACUUAAAAGAACAUUUUCGCGCGGGUCGAAAACAGAACCAGGAUGUCUCGGUCUCCUAGAUAUGUAUGGCCCACCGAAGGGUACAGGAAGGGGAGGACCUUUUGCAAACCACUAUUUGUUUAUUUAUUAAUCAUUUGACAUAGCUGAAUCACUCACUCGUUAAUCAUCCGUCAUAUGUCAUCAUUGUCUAUUGGAAGGUCGGAAAUCGUGGAAACUUUGAUCAUCAAAAACCGAGAUUGAGAAAAAGUAGACUAAUAAGUGAUCAGAUGCAGGUCCUGUAACGAUGCGGGAAAAGAAGGGAGGCGCCUUAAGCAGAGUCCAGAAGCUCAAGAAACGCCUUAGCCACAGUUUUGGAAGACUCUCUAUAUCUAAAGAAGAAGCAGAUGAAGUUUCUACAAGAGAACACCAGCUGCCAUACAAUGGAUACUCGGAAGAAUUCUUGGAUCGCUUGGAGCCAAAUGGCAACAUACCUACGGACAAAGACCGAAGAUAUGAGUGGGCAGGGGUCGGUGAACAUGAGAGAGUUCAUCGACAACUAUCGGUAUCCAGUGACUCUAAACUUCUGGACGAAGAUAUAAGGGAAGAGGCACGAGUUAUUUUACGGCCUCGACGUCCCCCGCGUCCUAAGUCUGAAGUUUUUCUAGGACCAGAUCCACCUCCAAGACGAGCAAAGCGAUUCUCUGCAUUUGGGGGAGAUUCGCCGUUUGGAAAGUCUGACGCAUAUAUAAAGCUGGAGCAGUUGGGUGAAGGUUCGUACGCGACGGUGUUUAAAGGGUAUAGUAACCUGACAAACCAGAUAGUUGCGCUAAAGGAGAUAAGACUACAGGAAGAAGAGGGUGCACCAUUCACUGCCAUUCGUGAGGCUAGCCUUUUGAAGGAGCUCAAACACAGCAAUAUAGUUACACUCCAUGAUAUCGUUCAUACCCGUGAAACGCUUACAUUUGUAUUUGAAUUCGUUCACACGGACUUAUCGCAGUAUAUGGAAAGGCACGGUAGUGGUGGCGGGGGGCUGGACCCUCGUAAUGUUCGAUUAUUUCUUUUCCAGCUACUGCGAGGACUUGCCUAUUGUCAUCGUAGGAGGGUUUUACAUCGCGACGUGAAGCCUCAGAACUUGUUGAUAAGUGAAAUAGGAGAAUUAAAACUAGCAGACUUUGGUUUGGCUCGAGCCAAGUCUGUUCCAUCACAUACGUAUUCCCAUGAAGUGGUGACCUUGUGGUACAGGCCACCGGAUGUUUUGUUGGGUUCAACGGAGUAUUCGACGUCUUUAGAUAUGUGGGGGGUGGGCUGCAUAUUUGUCGAAAUGUUGACAGGGGUGCCGACUUUCCCAGGAGUUCGAGAUACGUACGACCAACUUGACAAGAUAUUCAAAAUUCUAGGAACACCUACCGAAGACAGUUGGCCAGGUGUAACUCACCUACGUGGCUAUAAACCCCACAAAUUAGGCUUUUAUCCACCCCAAAAAUUGGGGCUUUCUUUUCCUAGACUGUACGACGUUCCUGAAGGUGACAAUAUGGCCACAGCGCUUCUACAGUUAAAUCCUGAUAAUCGGAUAGGAGCUGACGAAGCUCUUAGGCACCCUUAUUUUGCUACGCUUCCUGGAAAACUUUACGAAUUACCUGACGAAGUCUCCAUAUUCAGCGUCGAGGGCUGUCAUUUGUUCACGGAAUCGCGGCACUCUGCCCUUAAGACCUGAGACUAACGUAGCUAUCAAGUACUGAGAUAUAAUGCCCAAGGUAAAUGAGUUUGAAGAUCCAGACCCUGGCGCGUUAUCCGCUCUCUCCCACUCUCCCUUUCCUAUCUCUUAUCUUAUUCGCUCUCAGGGCCGCCUGAUCUCCAUUUCAAUAUCCGAUAGUAGUUUUGGUCUAAAGAAAUACUACAUCGUAAUUAAAACUACAAAAAAUUUGAGAAAAACUGCAGGAGAAAGACAUCGGAGAACACAAACAAAAAGAUGAAAAGAGAAAAAGUAAAGAAUACUAUAUAAUUGAGUAACAGAAUACAAAAUAGAAUGAAAAAAAAAAGAAUAAAAUGGUGACGAUUACGUUCCACUGUAUAAAAAGUACACGUAUACAGUAAUAAACUCCAGUCAAUGCAAAAUAGGAAAAUGCGCUCUAUACCUACGCACUGAAAUUUUUUUUCGAGACAAACGUAAUCAUUAAACAAAAAUAAUAAUAAUAAUGGUACAUUGAAAGAAAUGCACGCUGGAUUUAGGAAGCAGGCACGCACUACCCAUCCUCGCACUUCGUCCAAAUACUAGAUGUAGUCGACUGACACGAAUCAAAAGUUGAAGAAAAAAAAUCAAUAAAAAGAAAGGAUAAAAAUUUAAACUGCCACCCUCGCGUCCCUGCCACAUUAACUCGAACCAUGGAUAGUCAUGGGGUGGGUGGCGGCGAUUGACUAGCGAGAAUAUAAACUAAAAUAGUAAGUAAAUCAAUUGCCUAAUUACUACAAUCUUAGGAUGACCAUUAAAAGAGGACUUGUAACGCUUUUACAGGCAAACUUUAACUACCCUGAUUGUUUAUUUGUAUCUUAAGACUGGGUCGAAGGUAAAUACGUAGUGGCUAUUGGCCAAUUAUUAAUUAUAAAGCCGAUCAAAGUGUUACAGGUCUUCUAAAUUUUAUCUAAGUUACAAUAUCGCCGAUUUAUAUUCAAAGUAUAAAAUUAUAAAUGCGACGAUGAUAGCCAUUAAUUACCCUCCUCCGCCCCUUGUUCCCCUAGUAGUUUAUAUUUAUACCGAUUUUCAGCACAUUUAAUUAAUAGCAUCAAAGGAAAAAGGAUGGAAAAAUCUUAAAUAAGUAAAAUGUUAAAACAGGACAACGGAAAAAUAUUAUAGUAGAACGAAAUUAAGCGUUAUUAUUAUAAUUAUUAUUAUUGUUUGAGAACAGAAGGCGCGUAUGGUAGAAUGUAUAUAGAACUCCAGGUUUAUAUUAUUCAAGACGCUGACAUAACUGAGCUAAACUAAUAAAUGUGACUUUGUAAUAAAUUUUGUGCGAAUA